AUGACAGGAGCUAACUCACUACCGCCUGGUGAUGGUAGUCAUGGAGAUAGCAUCAAACACAGUUGGAAUCAAGCUCGUAUAUGGUUUGAAAAGCAAUGGAAUGGGCAAGACGAAACGACCCCCUUAUUGUACAAUGAACGAGAUACUAAUGCUGACCACCGUCAACAAGCUCGUCGCAAAAAGACAGCAUUUCGUCUACUGGUUACCAAUAUCGCAUUGAUGAUAGCUCUCGCCUUGUUGGGCGUUUCCUUUGGUUUCUGGUACAGUAAGCGUUCGGCACAAAAGCCAGUAACAUCAUCACAGGCGGAAAAAAUCUUGCUCGAUUCGCCCUCCAGAGACAAUUUGCGUAAUUAUCUCAAGAUAUAUACCUCUGAAGCACAUUUAGCAGGUACUCCCAACGACAAGAAACAAGCUGAAUGGACUCGCAAUCAGUUUGAGAGCUUUGGAUUGAAAGCCAAUAUUAAUACGUACUGGCCACUGUUAAAUUAUCCCAUCAACCAUCGCUUAGCACUUGUCUCUGGUCCCAAACAUUUACGAUUUGAAGCCAAGUUGACCGAAGACCCUGUUGAAGACGACGAGACGAGCAGAGAUCCUAAUGUAGUACCUCUGUUCCAUGGCUACUCCAAAAACGGCACUGUUCAAGGUCGCAUUGUCUAUGCAAAUUACGGUCGCUUGCAAGACUUCCAGUUCUUGAAGGAUCAAGGUAUUGAGCUAAACGGUACUAUUGCUUUGAUGCGCUAUGGUGGCAACUUCCGUGGCCUCAAAGUCAGAGCUGCUGAGAUCUUUGGUUGUGCAGGUGCGCUGAUCUACUCUGAUCCCAUUGAUGAUGGACCAUUGAACAAGGACAACUCUUCAAAUCCAGCCGAGUCUUAUCCUGAUGGCCCUUGGAGAUCCAAGAGCUCUGCUCAAAGAGGCUCUGUUCAAUAUUUCUCAGUGAUUGCUGGCGAUCCUUUGACCCCUGGCUAUCCUGCCACUGAAAAUGCUACCCGUAUCAAGUAUGAGGAUUCUCCUGGUGUGCCCAAAAUUCCCUCGUUGCCUUUAUCUUGGGAAGAUGCUUUACCAAUUCUUAAGGCUACUCAAGGAUUGGGUGUUCGCGGUAAAGAAGAUUGGGCUGGCGGCCUUGAUGAAGUUCAUUAUUUCAGUGGUCCCACUGAAGGUGAGGCUAUUCUGGUCAACCAUAUUGAAAACAAGAUUACGCCCAUUUGGAAUGUCAUUGCUCGCAUUGAAGGCGCUCAGGAGCCUGAAAAGGCUAUUAUUUUGGGUAAUCAUCGCGACGCUUGGGUGUAUGGUGGCGUUGAUCCUUCCUCUGGAUCUGCUUCGCUCAUGGAACUUGCUCGCAUAUUUGGUGAACUCUUGAAGACUGGCUGGCGUCCACGUCGUACCAUUAUACUAGCUUCCUGGGACGCUGAAGAAUAUGGUCUUGUUGGCUCCACUGAGUGGGUGGAAGACAAUGCUGAGUGGCUUGAUAAGGAAGCUGCUGUUUAUGUCAAUGUCGAUACUGCUGUUUCGGGAUCUCACUUUGGCGUUCAAGCAUCUCCUUCAUUGAAUCGCAUCCUGUAUGAAGUGACCUCUGAGAUUCAUGACCCUCGUACUGGCAAAUCAGUGUUUGACGCAUGGAGUGCAGAUGAAAAGCUGGUGGGUCAUGAGCAUCCAGAAGUGUAUCGAUUGGGAUCUGGUUCUGACUUUGCUCCCUUCCUGGAUCACGCAGGCAUUGCUAGUGUCAACUUUGCUUUCCGUGGUGAUUACGGUGUAUACCACAGCAACUAUGACAGCUUUCGCUGGAUGGAGAAAUAUGGCGAUCCAGGAUUCUAUUACCAUCAAGCCCUUGUCAAGCUCUGGGGUCUGCUUGCUUUGCGUCUCUCUGACUCGCCUGUCUUACCUCUCUACCUUAAUGACUACAGUGCUGAAAUUGCCAAAUAUACUGCGGAGAUCACUGAUUUAGCUGCUCCUCAGACAUUCCCUGAAUUAAAGGUCGCUGUCAACAACCUUCAAAGUGUCACUGGUGAUUUUGAGGAAUACAGACAAGGCAUUGAGAAACUUAUCUCUCAAUACGAGUCAUUGGAUGACAUCCCUCUCAAGUUGUCCAAGGAUAUGAAGAAAGUAAAUGAUCAUCUUGCUUUCUUUGAGCGUGGUUUCAUUGACCCCAAGGGCAACAAGGAUCGUGAUUUCUUCAAACAUGUCAUCUUUGCUCCUGGACUUUGGCAAGGAUAUGCUGCUCAAAUCUUCCCUGCUAUUGCGGAUGGCAUUGAAAACAACAACCGCAAACAAGCUCGCCAGGCUGGAAAGAGAGCUGCCUGGGCAAUUGAGCAGACUGCAAGCUCAUUUAAUGGAUAUCAGCAGUCGCAAUAA